GACCCUAGAUCUAAAUCUAUUUAAGCCAUUGAGAGUCAAAAACUAUAAUAUGUAGAAAUAAUAAACAAGAAAAAAAAUUCUUUCAUUAAGACAGUUUUAUUUAGAUCUAGUCUAUUACUAUGUUUUCUUAGAUUCUACAAAAGAAUAAAACGAAUGAAAUGAAUAGUAAAUUAAAUAGGGCAUUAUUAAAUAAUUUUUACUUCCGGUGUCAAGUUAGCAACUGUAAACUAUAGGAUCGACAUGAGAUGGACAAUCUCAUACUUCACAUAGAUCUAGAUAUCUAGAUCUAACAUUUUUUUCAACAAUAUUCUAAACGAAAAUAAUCAUACCUAGACUUAUCUAUCCAAAAUAAUGGAUGAAGUACUUACGUUGUUGACUCAAUUGAAGAUAUCUGACAAAGACAAAGAUCAUGAAAAUGUUAUUCAAAAAACUAUACAGCUAGUCUGUGAUUUAAAUGAAGAAGAUAAUGAUAACAAAGAAAACAUUUUCAAAGCUCUAAUGAAUCAUGAAGGUAUGAAAGUUAUAUUGUCACACCUUACAAAAACAAACAUCAAUGAAGACGAAUCCCUCCUGACAAAUGUAGCUCAAUUGUUGGCUGAAUUAGCCAAAUCAGAGAGUCUAAGAGAGCCUUUGGUUAGUAUGGGAGUAGUGCCUCAUCUAUUAAGUCAUCUGUCUAGUCAAAAUAUUGCCUUAGCUACACAAGCCUGUCGUGCAUUAGGAAAUAUAUGUUUUGAUAAUGAUCCAGGAAGACUUGCAGUGGACAAAGAAGAUGGUAUAACAAUCAUAAUGAAAGUUUUGUCUAAUCAUUUAAACAACACACAGGAAGGUGCAGCACGUCUGCGGGUUAUAGUUUGUGGUUUUCUUUUAAAUCUAACCAACAAUUGUGAUCAGCUCCAGGAGCGAGCAGUGGACACCAAUGUCUUAUGUCAGCUCAAUGAUUGUAUAAGUGCCCACUUGGAGGACAAUGAACUCACUAACAUGGCAUUACUCACCAUAGGCAGUAUUACUGAGUCAGAUGCUGGUAAAGAAGCAGCUGUUAAAUCUGGUUUGCUGGACACAUUUAAACAACUUUUGGACCAGACUGGGAAUAAUGAACAGAAAGAUAUCAUAGUUGACUUGCUGGGAAGUCUUAUGGAGUCUGAAACAGCCAAAGACAUUGCAGCUGACAAUGGUCUGUAUUUAUCUCUAGUCAAUAUUGUCAACUCUGAGACACAAAGUCCUGAAAUUAUCAAAAUGGCUUCUGAUGUGUUGGUGUCUAUAUUGGUUGGAGAUCAAAGUAUGGAAAAGCUGUAUAUGUCUGGAGAUGGGGCUCUCUUGGCACAGUCUGUAGAAUGGCUGUCAUCAGACAAGGACACACUGAAGACUUUAGGAACACUAGCCAUUGGAAACUUUGCAAGACGAGAUGCUUAUUGUCAACAUCUUGUUGAGAUGGGAAUCGUGGAUAAACUCAUCAGUAUCUUGAAGACCAAUGUGACAUCAGAGUCUAGUUUUAUGCUACAUCAUGCUGUAUUAAGCUCAUUAAGAAACCUGGCUAUUCCUGUGGCCAAUAAACCCAAACUACUUGAAGCAGGAGUCUUGGAAAUAUGUCUGAGUCUCAUUCACACUGAUGUUAUGGCUGUCAUAUUUAAGUUGUUGGGAGUUUUGCGUAUGUUGAUAGAAGGUCAAGAAUCUGCUGCCAUUAAAUUAGGUCAAGAUCGAACAUUCCUGGAUUGUUUGAGUGAGUGGUGCGGUGUAGAGGCUCACGCUGGGGUAAAAGGGGAGGCAACUCGAGUUAUGGCAUCACUUGUAAAGAACAGCAGAUCAACAUCUGUCAUACAGAACCUGAUAAGAGCAGACGGCAUCAACCAUCUUGUGUCUAUGGCUAUGUCCGAACAUUUAGUUAUGCAGAAUGAAGCAAUAUUGGCUUUGACCAUCAUAUGUACUACAGCCCUAGGAGAAGCUUCUGUUCCUCUCAAAGAAGCUGACCUGACCGAGACUUUGAUCAUAUUAUUGAAAGAUGACAAACUUCCAGCUGAAAUGAUGUGCAAUGUGUUUAGUUUGCUUCAGGCCAUCUCAACAUCAGCCACCCCAUCUGUGCCUCCAUCUUGUGCUCUGCUUGCCUGCACUGGCCUCAUGCCUGACGUCCGCAGUAGGCUCCCUUUCUUUUUUCCUUCUCUUCCUUCUCUCAUCUUUGGAUUGAGACUUCACGGGCCAAACGGAACUCUCAAAGAUGACAUUUUAACUUCCAAUAUUGUUGACCUGGUCAGAUCACUGGGAGAAAGUCAUAUGGAUGAGCGAGUGAAAGAUGCAGCAAGGUCCACAGUACUUUUACUGGAGCAGUCAAUGUCUUGUACUUAAACUAACUUUGUACACAUUUGUUGGUCAUUCCAAGUUAGGCUACUCUUGCAAGUUUUUUGUUAUUUGUUGUUAGUUGUUUUUUGUACUACUAAGAAUUUCUUGUAUCCAUUUUUAAGAUGGCAGACAGAUAGCUUGCAGUUUGUUUUUUUAAACUGAGUUCCUGACAUUCUUAUUGAUUCUGUGUCCCAUUGCUAUAUUAUAAAUGUUCCUAUUGCUAGGACUUUCAUUGAGUUUGAAAACAAACUUUGUGUACAUGGAGUCCCAUCCUAACAAAAGAACAUUGCUUGUCGAUGUAUCAGCAUGAGCUUAGUGGACACUCUCUUUUCAUCAUCUUUACCCUAAAUAUUUCACAUUGUUUCUUACAAUUCCAUUUCUUGGGGAUUUUUUUUUAUUCUUUCUGUCCAAAGUAAAUGAUUGGAUCAAGUCCAUUGGUCUCUGUGCUUGCUGGGAGUCAUUACUUUAAAUAUCAGCUUACUAUUUUUUUUUAAUAUAAAAAUCAUUUGUUUUAUGGUCAAAUUAUACACAAGUUGUAAGAACUUUGUACAUAGACUAAUUGAUCAGUUACUUUGUGCUGGAAUGUGAAAUUAAAGAGCCUGGAGAUUAUAAUUGAAAUAUUUCUUAAAGUCCAGUAACUCUUGUAUGUAACUUGUAUUAUAGUUGUACAACUUUGGAGUUCAAUGUUCUAAGAAUCAGUCACUAGGUCUCUGCAACUGAUGCUCUUGAGACUUAAAUGUACAUGGAAAUUGUGUGUCCAGAUUUUCAGAGCCAGAAAUAGAAAGCUGAACUUUAUGUAUUAAUUGUACUACCUGGCACAGUAAGACUCUUUGUCCAAAACUAACUAAAACAAGUGUUCUAUUUGACCCAGCUUGGCAGUAAAUUAGAUGAACUUGUCCUCAUGCUAAGGUCCAAUGAAUACAAAUCAAACUGUUUGUAGUAAAACUAAAUAUCUUUACACCACAACCUUGUUUGUAGCAAACAUAACUUAAUAUUUAUGUUAUAUAAAUAUAUAUAUAUUGGCUCCAUCUUAAAAUAUUUAUUUUUAGUGUAAACUGCUUAGAAAGUGUUAUUUCCUGAAAAGAUUGAAAUACUAUCUAUGUAGUAGACAAAGUGACUGUUGCAUAAAGUGACACCAACAUUAAGAUGUGACGUUCUAAUCACAUUGUUAAACAAUUAACUCAGAGAUAAAUAUAAAUUCUUCUCUUUUGAACUGAAAUUUUGAUUUUGCAUUAGUACUAAAUAGUACAAUAAUAAUAUGAUAAUUUUUUAUUUUUUUUUAAAUUCACUAUUUUACUAAUUCAGCAAAUAUUUUAUCAGAUAUUAAAAAUGAUAAAAGUUGUUUAUUAAGAAUUGAAUCAAACCAUUGUGGUGGAAAUUGAAGCUAAAAAAAAGUCAAUGGAAUUUCUGUCACGGCAACAUGUUCUCCUCUCAAGCUGCUAAUGUUCAGGAAUGUUAAUGUACAACUACUUUAUUUCUACUGGUGCAAUAGAACUUGUGUACUGUACAUGUCCACUAGAACUUGUGUACUGUACAUGUCCACUAGAACUUGUGUGUACUGUACAUGUCCACUAGAACUUGUGUACUGUACAUGUCCACUAGAACUUGUGUGUACUGUACAUGUCCACUAGAACUUAUGUACUGUACAUGUCCACUAGAACUUGUGUGUACUGUACAUGUCCACUAGAACUUGUGUGUACUGUACAUGUCCACUAGAACUUGUGUGUACUGUACAUGUCCACUAGAACUUGUGUGUACUGUACAUUUCCACUAGAACUUGUGUGUACUGUACAUGUCCACUAGAACUUGUGUGUACUGUACAUGUCCACUAGAACUUGUGUACUGUACAUGUCCACUAGAACUUGUGUGUACUGUACAUGUCCACUAGAACUUGUGUGUACUGUACAUGUCCACUAGAACUUGUGUGUACUGUACAUGUCCACUAGAACUUGUGUGUACUGUACAUGUCCACUAGAACUUGUGUUGAUGCUAUUUAGUGUUUUGUAUGUUUACAUUCUCUGUAAGUGUUCCUUUUUUUUUUUAUACAAUGUUUUUCUUUGAAUGUGCCACAGAGAUAUUCAGGCGAUUUGUGCAUUAAAAAUAUUUUGCCUGAUCCCA